AUGGUGUGAUAUGAGUUUUUUUAAAUAUUAAAGAGGGUAGAUGUUUUUUUUUUUGGAAAAAAGGUAGAUGUUAUUUGAAAUGCAAGCUUUGAUAAUUUUACCGGAUUAAUUCGGUUCCAAUUAACACGGCGUCUGUGAGUUGAAGGCAACUGAAAUGACUGCCGCGACACUUUCGCCGCCAGUCAGCUGCGGCGGCGGCAAGGGAGUCGCUGGGUGUCUCACUCACCACUCAUUCAUACGCUCCCCGCUCCUUUCCCGUCAAAUCAAUUUCCCAAACCAGCAGCCACCGACGAAUUCAUUCCAAUUAGGGUUACCUCAUCCUCGCCGCGGUUCAUCAUCCAUACACUGUGCCUCUUGGAAGGCUGGAAAGACGACGCCGUCUCCGUUUUCCGGCGGCGCAUUUCAAUCGAACUGGGAUAAGAAACCAUACGAAGCAUGCCGGAGUGGGAAAAUAGCAUAUUUAGAUGAGCUGGACAUUGCGACAUUUCUCGACCCUCCCAAAGAGCUUAUUCCUCUGGAUUCUUCUUCCUAUAAUCCUGCUUCCUACCUCUGGAAAAAAAUUGGAGAUAUUCCAGAGGAGCGGCGACAUAGAUUGCUCCAAUUGCUAAACCCAAGGCUAAUAUCGAGAGCUUGGGAGAUAGCUGGGAUGAGGUAUGAUGACCCCAAGUUGGCAAAGAAAAGUGCAUCUUGCUUGCUCUCCGAUAAUCAUGGAUCGACCUCACUUGAAUUUUGGAAAUGCCGAACAAGUGGAGGGCCACUACUCAUUGCCUGGAUAAAUUCCUUCAAAAAGGCUGUCUUUUGUAGUGGGGAUGGGAAGAUAUAUGGAAGAUUCAUUGGUGGAUCUAUCAUGACUGGAAUUUCAAAUUCUUAUCCACUAUAUUUUACGGUUCGAGAGUCCAAUGAAGUGAUGUCAACAGAGCAGCCUUGUGAUUUGGCCUAUGAGUUUGGAAAUGGACUCUUCGAUAUACCCGAUUUGCCACAAGGUUUUCCGAAGCCAGCCAGACAUCCUUGGCCAUUCAAUGAUCAGGUUGUUGUAUAUGUUCGUCACGUGGGCCCGGGAGUAACCGUGGGGCAAGCAUGGCAAGAGGGCAAAGCACUGGAACAAGUGCCUAAGAAGCUAUACGGCGAGAUCUUGAUGGUGAGAGAUUGUUUGCCAGAAAGAAGCAGCUCUAUGAUCACCAUGAGAUGAGCCGGGCUAUCUCCCAUUGUUUGCCCAUGUGCCACCCCACAAAUGGCUGAGGAAGCUCUCUCUUGUAUCACAAUCCUAUAAACAUUUCAUUCACUACAAAUAUAAACUUUGUGCUGUUUUCUAUGCAAAUGGUGGUAUCCAGCAGGGUUCCUUUUCACCCUGAGGUCUCAAAAGUCUGGCAAAGGGAUUGAAUCUCAAAUCAGUUUCAGAUCAUUCUCUAACAGAAGCUUCAUUCAGCAGGGAAAAUCAUUUUGAAGAUGAACACUACUCGAGAGGUAUGUGACUUGUAACAUUCAAAAUAUUGGAUUUGAUCUGUCAAGAAUACAAACAAGGCUUUCAGUAGAGGAGUUUGUAGAAGUCCUGUUACAUGUCGUUGGCGUGAUGCUUAUAAUGUGGUUUCUAUAAAGCACAAGUAAAAUGGAUUCAAACGCAAGUUUGAUCUCAUCUACUGCAUUUCACAGUGCUUGGUGAAAGGCUGUGUGCGAGGGAAUGAAGAAUGGCUGUAUCUGCUCGUUCCGUUCCUAAGAGAAGUUUUUGUUGAACUAUUUGUGUUAACUACAUUUGUUAAAAUAAUGUAGUCUAGUCAGUUUUUGAUUUAGUUUUUUAAUUAUAUGAAUUUCAUUUUAAUUGAAUUUUACAUCCAUGUUAUUAAAUUAAAAAUAAUUUC